AUGGAAAUACUUGGUCUAAACAUGGAGACUUAGUAUUUCAGAAGAAUUUAAUAGGGAAUGAUGUAAAAAAAGAAAGUGUUAAAAAUCUUUCUGCAUCACAUAAAUACCUGGAACUGUUUUUCAAAAGUAAGAAACGUUCAAGUAUAAUCAGUUCUCAAAACUCCUAUUGCAUCACAAUUCUUGGAAAUAUAUCCAUUGGAUGUUUGAUUAAUCUUAUAUUUCCAGCAUAUUUUACAUUAAAAAUACACUUCUUCUGUAACAUAAUAAUCUCCACAAGCACUGUUUUUUUUAACUUGUCUGAUAACAGUAGCAAAGUUCAAUUCAUAACUCAGAGGUGAGCGAAUAUAAAUUCCCAGUGCUGUUAUGCAAAUGAGCAGUACAGAGUUUAGUCAUGUUACGCUACGUGUUGCUGGUUCACAUUCUUCUGGCUCUUGUAACAGCUGAAACGGAGCAGACAUGCACAAGUCACGAUGGCUUUACAGUGUGUCAUUUUCGAGGUGUUUUAAGUAGUGUAACACAGCAAAGAAACGAAAACCGCCUGGAAAUCAGUGAUUUAAAUUUGCUGUCAAUCAAACCUGGUGCCUUCAAAGACCUAACGAUUACAAAUUUAUACCUGUAUCAAGGAAACCACAUUUCGAAUCUACAAUCCAGAGCAUUUACUGGCCUGCCAAAAUUGACCCGCCUCCAUCUGGAUAACAACGUCGUCACCCUGAUUCCAAAUCUAUUUCAAGAACUAUCUCAGCUGGAGUCAUUGUCAUUGAUAUAUAACAAGAUCAACAAUAUACCGACAGGGACGUUUACUGGACUAUCGAAAGUAAUGUGGUUGUAUCUGAACCAGAAUGACAUCCCAGAGAUAAAGCCAAAUAUGUUUGCUGGACUCCCGCAGCUGUUGUAUUUGUGGCUCGAUAAUAACAAGAUAGCUACCGUUGCUUCAGGGUCUUUUGCAAAUCUCAAGGAAUUGAACCGUCUUCAUUUGGACUACAACAGAAUAACAGAAAUAAAACCCAACACUUUCACCGGUUUAACGAAGCUUGAAACUUUAUACGUUAAUGACAACAGCUUAACGUCCCUUCCGCAAGAUACAUUUGGAGGAUUGCCGGAGCUGAAGAGAUUGUAUGCGAAUCACAACAAAAUCGCAACCAUCCAUUCCCGUGCUUUCAAAGGGCUGAGUAAUUUGAAUAUCCUACAUCUAGAGCACAACGAAAUUUCUGAGAUUCAGCCCGGUGCAUUUGAGGGCCUUGUGUUAGCUGAAGAAAUAUUUUUGUCCAAUAACAGAAUUCACACUCUCCCGAAUAACUUAUUCGUUGGACUAACUCGGAUCAAUUUAAUUUACAUGGCAAAUAACACUUUGACGCAAAUUGAUAAAACUAGUGUUCAGCUACCAAGUUCCACUACAGUUUACUUCACUCAAAGAAUAUUGGUUGAUAUUACGAUAACAAAAGUUUCUACCAAUAGUAGCAGACCAGCUAAUGUGCUUAGUAGGAAAAUAUUGCAUGCUUCGGCACGUGUCGUAGCUCAAAAAAACUACUUUUUCAACAAUAUAAUAAACAUUCUACUAAAUGAUCUGUGUGCGAGAUUACCUCAUCUUAGCUUGAUGUGCCUAGCUGAUAAAAGAAAGUACAGAUUAUUUAUCGUUUCGUCAACAAAAUUAGAUAUAAAAAUUAGAAUUUUGAGCGCCACGAGUAGUAAAUAUAACGAAUGGGCACAAAUCACGUUGCUUCCAUCUUUUUCUCUAUCAGUAUCUCCAUUUUCCCUGAUCCCAGAGGUAUUAAUCAAGUGUCACAAGUGCAAAAUACAACGGAUCAACACAAGCUGCUUCGGUUUUUAUGUUUCGAUCAACGUCUCGAGUCUUUCCUUCAUUUGUAGAGUGUUAAUUGAGAUGAGACUGACACUUGAAAACAUACAAAGCAUACUUUCAAGCUGCCACAUCUUACGUCCAUUCGUGGCAGUAACGAUAAACUCGGUGGUUUCUCGAUUGUUCCACAGUCCCGUGAUUAAAGACAAAUGGGUUAUGAUAUCAUGGCCAACAGCCUUUAGUUUGGUAGCUAAAAAUUUAAUGCAACCAUGCGUGAAAAAAUUCCACAGUAGAGUCUUCGUCGAGUCAGAUGUAUUUCUCUCAUUGACUACAAACUUGAAGUAUUUGGUGCCAAUUCUGACGGAUCUUGCGCUAACAACAAUUGCGCCAAUAUAUCAGCGAUCCGGGCAAAGGGACAAACUGACAUGUCCACGUAGGCCAUGUUUGCGUCCUUAUGCUUUCCCGAAUCGAGUUUUCAGCGCUGUUGUCAUAGAAUUCAAGCCAAUGUAUUACUACAAGUUUAUUGUUCACGAUCAAGUUGAAGGAUAUGAAGUUGAUUUGUACAAAAGAGAUUUGAGGAAUUCAACGAUAACUAAUAAACGAACUAUGUUUGUAGGUUAUGUCCGAACUUUGCGGGCUAAUCAGAUGUUUAACAUUCCGCGUUGCGAUAGCAAGAAUAAUUCGGAAUUACAAACCUCGGCUAGUUUAUCCUUGGCAUCAGCUAGUAUGCCAAAAUUUUUAUACAACUUCUCGAUGCUGUCGGUACUCAUCGUGACGGAUUACCGGUCAGACACCACGCCAAGAAUGAAAUUCACAAUAAUGGCCGCCUUGCGACAACAAAUAGAUGAAAGCCGAGAAGAUGCGCUGAACACUAGCGAUUUCGAUGCUUAUAAGGACGCGUUGUCGAAAACGCGGGGAUUCAAAACUCAUAUACCGCUUAAGAGAUCAGACACUUGCGACAUAUUAUCCAAGAUGAAAUGUGAUAGUAAAAAAAUCCCAACAAAUGGUCGUAGAAUACACACCAGUCGAAGCAGCAAGGCGAUACAUCAGAAAAGAAUCAUGAUUCGUUGUGCAGUGUCAGUAAUUUUUGUUUUAGCAGUUGUGCUUGCUCAGACAGAGCCAACCUGCAGAAAUGUGUCAUCUUACUACACACUGUGCAGUUCUGUCGAAGGUGUUUUAACCGAAGUAACGCAACGAAAGCGCUCCUAUCGUUUGCAAAUAUGGGACAUGAAUUUGACAUCGAUUAAACCUGGAGCAUUUAAAAAUCUGUCAAUACAAAAUCUAUACCUUCUUCAAGGAAAUCGAAUUUCGGAUCUGGAGCCAGGUGCGUUCGCAGGCCUGCCGAACCUGAAAAAUUUGCACCUUGGAAACAACGCAGUGAGGCUGAUUCCCAACUUGUUUCACUAUUUGCCUCACUUGGAAGCGUUAUUGUUGUCCAAUAAUAACAUUACCUACCUGCCAGAGGGGACUUUCGAAGGACUAUCACAAUUAACAGUUUUAAUGCUAGAUUGGAAUUUAAUUGCAACGAUAAAUCAAACAACAUUUUCUGGCCUUCCGAAGUUAUUUAGUCUGAACCUCGAGAACAACGAAAUAACCACUAUUGCUCCUAAUUCAUUCGAAAGUCUGCAGGAAUUGAAAUAUUUGUACUUGGCAAGAAACAAUAUCAGAGAACUGCGAGCCCAAACCUUCAAAGGUUUGACGAAACUUGAUUUUCUAACAAUUUCUUUCAACGACAUUGUAACCGUUUCUGAAGGGGCAUUCAGAGAAUUGUCUAAGCUGCGCACGUUAUAUCUUGACUUCAACAAAAUAUCCACAAUUCGAUCAGGCACUUUCAUCGAUCUGAACAGUUUAAAAAAUCUGUAUCUUCAUGACAACGAGAUUUCUGUAAUAGAAGCUGGCGCAUUCGACGGUCUCUCAUCAGUGGAAAGGAUCAGUCUGAGUAACAAUAUAAUCCAAAUUCUACCGAGUGGCUUAUUCGCCGGACUCACGAACCUGGAGAAAGUCGUCCUGAAUAAUAACACUCUGACUGCAGUUAACCGAACUGCAGUUCAGUUAUCAAGUUCUAAAGAAAUUCUGGUGUCAUUGACUGCACGAAUUAUUUCCAAAUACGAAGCUGCCAAAAAUGUAUCUUCUAUGGCCCACUCCAAUAUACAGACUAAUGAGCAACAUCUUGUCGCUAAAAUAACAUACAAAGUCCAAACGAUAAGACUUGUGCAACAGUCAGAUUCGCGAUUGAACAAUUUGUACCGUUACUUUGAGGAUUCAACAUCAGGCAGAGUUAUAUUUCACGAUUUUGGCAGUCAUUUGAAUUAUUAUCGUGGACAUCACGCAACUAUUAUCUCCAUUACCCAACAACGGUGGCAAAGUUCAAAGAUAUCUUUCAGAUAUGGCUCUACUUAA